AUGCAGCUCACCACCGUCCUUGCUCCCCUUGCCUUCAUCGGCCUCGCCACCGCACACGUGGGCAAUAACACAUCCGCAUCCAUCGUCUCGGCCCUGGCCAUCGUCAACAACGCAACCGUCGACCUCGGUGACGCUGUCACCAAGUGGGAUGGCGAGCUGCUCGGCACGCUGCCCAUCCUCGCCGCCAGCACCGCGCUGCUGAUCGAUGUCAAGAAAGGCACCAUAAUUGCGAAGGAGAGCGACCCACUCGACACGGCCGGGGCGCUCAGCGUCGCGGGGGCGACCAACACGCUCGUGGCGUCGGUCAACACCACGCUGACGGCGCUGAUUGAAUCGAAGGACAAGUUUGACCGCCUGCUCCUGUCGCCGCUCAUCUUUGGCAACUUGGAGCUGCAACAGAAGGCGACGAGCAAAAUGAGCGACGCCAUCAUUGAUAAGCUGCCCGAUGAGCUGGAGGAGGUCGCCGAGAACCUCGUGGCGCCGAUUGAUGCUGGUUUUGAGGAGGCUAUUGAUGCCUACCGCCCGGGCUUCUAA